AUGGCCGAUUCCCCCGAUUCAAGCACAGCCGGUAUCCUCACUCUCACAAAGCUGGCAUGGGAUCUUUACCAUAACUGCUAUCUUAUCACUAGUGACGCCCCCGAAGUUUUCAAGCAGCUCGUAAAUGAACUAGCCUCACUGCAAGGUGUUCUUCGAGCUCUCCGAGAUGACGUAAAUUCUAACGCAUCCUUCUUCGAUGAUCUAGAGGAGGGUCGCAGAAAUACUUUACAGCGAUGUUUGAACGCCUGCUUCAGUACUUUACAGCAACUGAAGGAGCUGAUUGCCCAGUACAGGAAUCUGGGGGUGGGUGAUAGUAAACAAUUCUGGCAAAGAGUCAAAUGGGUCGCACAACGAGGACAGAUAGAUGAUUUGAAAUCUAGGAUCAUGGUCCAUACCUGCAACCUUAGCUUAUGUAUGAGCUCGAUUGGCAAUUCAACUUUGGCAAGAAUUGAGAGAUCGAUGACGGAUGCCUUAGAACAGAAAAGCUUCCCGUCAACCCCGGAAACGGUGUCGCGUGGGCAGCGUGUGUUGAGGACACCACCAAUACCGGGAGAUGGUGAUUUUCAGCUUGAUGAGUCACUACGUAUUGAGCCACUGCGUGUUAGCCCAAAAAGUGCCCCUAUGAGAGCAAAUAGCCUGCCGACGGCUGAGACCCAUGGUCGUAUCUCUGCUUCCGAGUCGAUUCCUUCUGGCGGGUCUGAGUGGUCAGCAACCACAGCGAACAUUACUUCACCGUCCAUUAAUGACCAAGUGAAGCGUUCCAUGUCCCAUAAUUAUGUGGUCAGACGUACUGGUUCAUGUACACCAGAGUCGAGGCAUUUGAGAAUGUCAAGCUCUGAGAGUGCGCAACUUGGCAUCCACCCAGCAUUGCGAGAAGAGCCCUUUUUCGAUGAUCGCGCCGAGUCCCCAGGAUCUGAUCUGGAUAAUACGGCCGUUACAAGUGCUGUCGCAACUGCCAUGCAGCAGCUUCAGCAGGUACAAAUCAGAGACAGUAUCCUUCGACCAUUGCGGUAUGAACCGCGCAAUAAGCUCCACCGACCUGAUCCCCAGCUUAUGAGAAGUUUUGACACCCUGGUGCAAGACGAGUUGAGGAUUAAGCGCCUAAACACAAGUGAUUGGCUACGAGUCGCAGUGUGGUGGCUAUUGAAGGCUCGAGCAACUCUUGCCAGUUCAGAUAGGCCGAGUCUUGUCGGCCCUCGAGGUAGUGUGACUCCACCAACAGGGUCCUGGGCCCCAGGCGAUCAAGCCUAUGUCGAUCUCCUCAAAGCAUCAUAUAUCUUAUACGACAUUGUUUUGGCUGAUGCAAGCUCGCACACCAUUCUGACCCAUGAAAACAGGAAGCUGAUCUCCGAUUUAUCGGAGGGCAUCAAAGACGAGUUCGCGCACUUCAUCUCACUGGACGUCCCCGAAUACUCUAUCAUACAGUCUCAAAAUAUCGAUAUAUGGGAACCAUUGCAGCCAGAAGAAGCAGCUGAGAAGGGCAGUGACUCAAUAAUCGGUCUGAACAAUGUGCGCUGGGCUACCGUUGACCUAGAAGACGCGGGAGAUGAAGAAGAAAGGGUUUUCUAUCGGACGUUCGUGAACGCUGGUAUCGGUAGCAAAAGACUCCGUAUGCGAACAAAAGGCGCCCCGUAUAUGCUCCUUUUGUCUGCAAGGGAAGGGGAAAGUGAGCCUAAGAUAACGAUAUGCAACCAAAGCGGCACGCUUUGCCUGCAGCGGGACCUUCUACCCGAAGAUCUGGCCCAAAUGAUACGAAUUUGGCAAGCAACUGUCUCUGGUUAUCCUGGCAUGAAGAUUUCGGAACCUAUCGUGCUACAGUUCGAUACUAAGAGUGUAUCAGUCUCUUUCCAACAUGCGUAUGACUUGCAGUAUUUCAUAAACCUGCCAAAGGCUUACUUUGACGCCGUAUGGCAGCGAGAACCAGUGGACUCCGAUCAGUUUUCUGAGAUCGUCUUAUUUAAAAGCUCAGUCGAGAAGUUUGAGCAGCUGAAGGCGCCCACGAUGAGACCCAUGAAUCCCCCAGUAAUCCACAAAUCAUGCGAAGUGCGCAUUCUGGAGAGGUCAUAUGGAGAGGCAUGGCAGUCUGUCCGACGCAUGGUAAUUAGCUCUUGGGUAGCUGAGCAAGCACCGAGAUGCAUUGAGUUAUUUAUGCCCAUGAGCCGUGUCCAAGUCUGCCGCGGUACGGACUCUGGACAGAUCUUGGUAAAAUGGUCAGACACAUGCCAAGAAAGGUCAAGCAAAACUGAUGGUAAUUACCAUCCUUUGUAUUCCUACAUGUACGAUGACAAUAGCCCUAAUAUUGGGCUCGGACUGCAUUUCCGGUCCCAAAAGCAGGUGGAAGAUUUUGAAAAGGCCAUUCUUAGCAUGUGCUCUCAAUCAAGCUUUUCCUGGGAUCAGCCUAGCAGCUCUGGCUACGUCUAUGACGUUGUAGAUCCCUCUGGGGACCAAAAGCAGUACAAGGCCAUUCUGCUCAUCCAAUCUCGUUUGACCUGGAAAUACUGCAGCCUCUACUAUAUCUACCGGGAUACAGAUUAUGCCUAUGACCACAGAAUGCUACGUGUCCGGUUUCCCCGCCUAUUCUACACCGAUUAUAUUUCGUCGCAUGUGGACCGGUUGUACCCAGCCGACCGUCCAGUAUCAUUCUCCCAUUGCGAGAAGAAGGUCGGAAAUAUGACAGCAGAGUUCGACGAGGAACCGCUACUGCGUAGCUUUAUGAGCUCACUAGCCAACGGUUACGAACUUUUGUACUCACGACGCGCCGUUUCCCUAGUGACUAAAGGUAAAAGCCUUUUCGGGGCCAGGAAGUCAAACAAAGGUGAAACAGAAGUACAGCUAUGGCGAAAAGGGGCGUCCAUCCAGAUGUCGUCACGGUGGGAUGAACAUGUCACCGACAAGUGGCUGACUGUCUCCGUAAUGCCGGGUGCUCUACAGGCAACCAAGGAUAGUACGCGAGUGGAAUUUUCAACGCUGCAAUACUCUAGGGGAUCUUUCCUUAACAUGGCAGGCAUCCUUUCCGUAGCCCCGAAAGACCCUAAUAUGGCUCGACGGGGUGGGCAAAUCGCGAUAAACUUUGUUACUGCUAAAGACCGACAUGAUUUUGUUUCCGCUUUAGAAUGCGACUCUGUGCCUCCCGCCUAUGGUGUUUAA